CAUUCUGUCCUUCCUUACAGCAGCCCCUUGAUCCUCGCUCCUCGAUGGAGCUCCCAAUUUCUCUCUUUUCCCGCUAUAAAUACUCAUCUCUCUCUUGAAUUUUCCCUACCCAAUUCACUCAAAAUGCAGAGCACAGCAAUCUCAUUUUCUCCCUCAAUUUCUCUCCCUUCAAAAAACCGUCACAAUCUUCUUUCUCUUUCACCUUCUCGUCUCCCGCUUCGGUUCGGUUCGGCUAAUGGCUUCAGUACUACAGCACCUCAUAAACUCAACUCCGUUCGCUGCUCUUCUUCAUCAUCCAAGUUGAACGGAAGCGGAUGGAUUUCGGAUCCUCUGCCGGUUCCAGAGCGCGAUUCGGGUGGAGUGACGGUUCGGGUGACGUCGUCGGAGCCCGAAAUCAGUGCCGGUGAGGAAGAGCCUCCAAAGUCUAAACCUCUGGCGGAUACUUUGGUUCUCGGAUCGCUAUUCGGCCUUUGGUAUAUCUUUAAUAUAUACUUCAACAUUUAUAACAAGCAGGUGCUGAAAACCUUCCAUUACCCAGUUACAAUAACUCUUGCGCAACUUGCUGUUGGCACUAUCCUUGUUAUUUUCAUGUGGACGUCCAAUCUGUACAAACGGCCAAAAAUCAGUGGCGCACAGCUUGCUGCAAUUUUGCCAUUGGCAGUGGUGCAUACCUUGGGAAACCUUUUCACCAACAUGAGUCUUGGAAAAGUUUCUGUAUCAUUCACGCACACUAUUAAGGCUAUGGAGCCCUUCUUCUCAGUUGUCCUCUCUGCUAUGUUUUUAGGGGAGUUCCCUACAUUAUGGGUUAUUUCUUCCCUUGUACCAAUUGUUGGUGGAGUGGGACUGGCAUCUCUGACUGAGGCGUCAUUUAAUUGGGCUGGCUUUUGGAGUGCAAUGGCCUCUAACUUGACCAACCAAUCUCGUAACGUUCUCAGCAAAAAGUUUAUGGUUAGGAAGGAGGAAUCAUUGGAUAACAUUACUCUCUUCUCAAUAAUCACUAUCAUGUCCUUCAUCUUGCUGGCCCCUUUCGCCUUUUUCAUGGAGGGCGUUAAGUUCACCCCUGCAUACCUUGAAGCUUCUGGAUUGAAUGUGAACCAGAUUUACACGAGGUCUCUCCUUGCAGCUCUUUGCUUCCAUGCUUAUCAGCAGGUUUCAUACAUGAUAUUGGAGAGGGUGUCUCCUGUUACCCAUUCCGUGGGUAAUUGUGUGAAGCGAGUGGUGGUCAUUGUGACUUCAGUUCUCUUUUUCCGCACGCCUGUCUCCCCAAUUAACACCAUAGGCACUGGGGUGGCACUUGCUGGAGUUUUCCUGUAUUCUAGAGUGAAGGGCAUCAAACCUAAGCCAAAGACAGCUUGAAAAUGAUCAGUUUUGUUGAGAAAUUGUAAAUCAUCAAUUACGAAUCAAAAACUAGGUGAUAGCUUAGGCACGAUCUUCAUUUUGUUUUUUUAUAGCGAUGUUGGGUAGAGUUAUUCCUUUUUCUAGAUAGUCUUAUACAUUAUUUCUGCAGAUUUGAUGAUUAUACAUCAUUCUCAUCUUUGUUAUGCUCAAUGGUUUGUAACGUAUUUCAUCCCCCCAGGAAAUGAAGAUUUCCCGAAUUGGGGACAGUUUCCGCAUCCAAACAAUUUCGUUCUUCCAUUAUGGGGUUUUAUUCUGUUCAUUGAGAAAUGGAAAUCUGCGUCUUACUUG